UGAACGCUUACAGGCUAACGGCUAGCAUAAUUGUGUGGUAAACAGCGGAAUGGAAAAAGUACGCAUUUCCUGCCACGACUUUCAAAAUAAAAUAGGGGCGGUAAUAAACUGGUACUUUGGUGAAAUACUUUUUUACUUUAGCGUACUUUGACUCACAAAAAAUUAUCUAGUAGAGGCUUUAAUUUCUUUAGAUAUAAAUGUAUAUAUAUUGGAAGAAUAUUUAAUUUAAAAGUGGUUAAAUAUUUUCCAAAAAUACUAUCUUGUCAAAGGCAAAAAGUCAGUGCUCAGUUCUGUUCAUUUUUCUAAUUAUUACUUUUAACAAAAAGUGUCUAGUCAGUGUUGUCUCGUGGCAUAUUUUAUGUUGAUAUGUCUGAUGUAAUUAAAACUAUAAAUAUAACAUAACUUUUAAUAUUUCUGUACAAAAUAAAAUCUACAAAGUAUUGUUCAAAUAUUUCACUGGCAUGUAUGGCACACGUGAUCUAAUGUAGUGACAGUCUAAUAUAGGUCCGAAUUUAACACAUGAUCCAUCUUAGAUAAACUUUAAAGCUGAGUACUUCUGGAAUUACUCAAAAGUACUUCUGGAAUUAUUUUAUAUGAGAUAUUUUGACAAGAGUUAAAAUAUUUGACAAUUGUAAAAUAUAAAGGAAUCGCAUAAAUUGGAAGACGAGAUAAAAGCUGCAUUUUCGUGACAUUUAAUUUUCUUAAAUUGAAAUACCGAGAACUAGUUUUAUUUUGAAGGCUCAAUAUCAACCUCCGGCUGCGUUACUGCUACCGAUUGCUAACUUUCAGCAGUAAACAAGCUCUGAGGACUACGACAAGCUACAGUGGUCCCAAAUGCCUGUUUUUAGCGAAUUUUGAAACAGAUUCUUCGGAUAUCUGGCCCAUGCUACGUCUCAGAGAACCAUAAAAUCGCACAAAUCAUCUUCACGCGGCGGGGUUUGCGCUUCUUAGCCGGCUAGCUUGCUAACAUUAGCAUAGAGGAGUAGCCUGGUUGGACCCGAACAAACCUGAACGCGAUGUCGCUGGUGGAUCUGGGGAAGCGGCUGCUGGAAGCGGCUCGGAAAGGAAACGAUGACGAGGUCCGAAACCUGAUGGCCAACGGAGCGCCGUUCACCACCGACUGGUUGGGGACGUCGCCCCUCCACCUGGCCGCCCAGCACGGCCACUACUCCACCGCCGACGUCCUGCUGAGGGCUGGCGUCAGCAGAGACGCCCGGACCAAAGUGGACAGGACCCCGCUGCAUAUGGCAGCCGCUGAGGGACACACAGUCAUCGUAGAGCUGCUGAUCAGGAGCGGUGCAGACAUCAACGCCAAAGACAUGCUGAAGAUGACAGCUCUCCAUUGGGCGGCGCAGCACGGACACCACGGCGUGUGCGACACCCUCAUCAAACACGGCGCUGACGUCCACGCGCGCAGCAAAUUCGAAAAGACGCCAUUCGACAUCGCAGCCGACAUCCAGAACACGGAGCUGAUGCUGAUGCUGCAGGAGAGCAUGCAGAACCAGGUUAACAUGAACCAGGUGAGCAUGAAUGUGGAGACGAGCAGCACCACCAACCAGCCACAGUUCAUAAUCCAGGGAAUACCGUCCAUCCAGGGGGUGAACCUGGCGGAGCUGCUGAACAAGGCUAACGCAGGAGAGUCAGAGGAGGCGAUGGCAGCCAGUGCUCUGGACUCCAACAUCCAGCAUGCCACAGUGGUGAAUGAGAGUGGUCAGCGGGUCAUCACGAUCGUAACGGACCAACAUGGCAACCUUCAGACCACGGGGGGGAUGUCCCAGCCCUUCUUCGUCACUAUGCAGCACGGACAGCAGAUGCUCGCAGUGCCGGCCAACACGGUGACGGAGGAGGUGGUAACAGAGGAGCCGCAGCCGCAGCCCUCCAGGAAGAGGAAGCUGGAGGUGACCAACAACCACAACGACACAGGAGAGACUGAGCUGCUGCAGAGACAGCUGCAGGAAGCUAACAGGAAGGCUCAGGAGUACCGGCAGCAGCUCCUCCGUAAGGAGCAGGAAGCCGAGGAGUACCGCAUGAAGCUGGAGGCCAUGGCUCAGAGUCAGGCCAACACCAGCAACGGCAACGCCGCGGCCGGCACCAACGCCGCCAGCCCAGAGGAGGUGGUGGGAGGGGAGGAUGAGGAGGAGGGCGCCACCGGCGUAGUGGAGGAGGAAGGAGAGAUGGUGGUGCUGCAGGAAGGGGGAAUCAUCAUGGAAGGGGAGGAAGGUCAGGUGACGCUGGUGGAGACGGGCAGCGAGGCGACGCAGGUCAGCUCCUAACGCAGGAGGAGACGCAUCGUACCAGGAGGCGGCUGAUUGGACUCAUUUAACUGAGACAGAGGGGAGGAGCUGACUCACCACAGGAAGUACAGAGCAUCCGAGUCGAGAUGGAUUCCUUACUGAGAGACGGACCAAACAGGAAAGUUCAGCUCUGCUUCAUUUUAAACCCUAGAAGGACUGGCAGCUGACCGUCGCUUCGAUGCGAUCCAACAGAAAGGGAAAAGAUGCAUGAGUUGACAUGGACCUUCAUGUCAUGUUUGCUUUACGUUGCCAUCCGUCUGCACAGUUCAAUGUGAGAAAAUGUGGGAACGCUUCGGCACAGAGACGAACGUUUCUGUUCCUGAUAGAACUACAAUCUGCUUCCCUGUUCGAAAUGUGACACAAGAAACUUAGACCUUCAGUCUGGCCUAAUUCAAGAUUGAACAUCGGAGAAUCGGAGCCACGCUAGGAAAUAAAAAAAUAUAAAAUCACGAGAUUAAAGUCAUAACAUUAUGUGAAUAAAGCUGAAAUAAUACAACAAUAGUUAUAUUAUAAGAUUAAACUCAUGAUGAGAAUAAAGUCAAAAUGAUAUAAAAAUAAAUUUGAAAUAAUACAGGAAUAAAGACAAAAAUAAUAAGAGAAUAACGUCGUACAAGAAUAGAUUUUACAUUACAUGAGAAUAUAGUUGAAUUAAUAAAAGUAUAAAUAUUACCAUUUUAUUGUGGUAAUAUUAUGUCUUUAUUCUCAUGAUUUAGAAUUUAUCCUCAUAUUAUUUUGAUUCAGUUCUUGUACUAAUAUGAAUUGUUCUCAUAUUAGGAGUUUAUUCUUGUAUUAUUUUUGACUUAAUUUGUGUAGUAUUACUUCGUUUUUGGACCAUUAUGACUUUGAUCUUGUAAUUUUAUGACUGAAUCAUUUUCUUUCAACUUUAUACUCAUAUUAUUUUGACUUUAUUCUCCUUAUAUUAUGACUUUAUACUCGUGAUUAAAAUUUUUAUUAAUGUUUAUUUUUUUCUUAGCGUGGCCCUAAUACCCUGUAAGUAUCUCCUCUUUUUGAAGGCCAACAGCUAUCCCAUCAGACCCAUUUGUUUUCUUAUUUUAAACAUUAUUAUGUUCUGUUUUGUCGUUUAAUUUAGCGAAUCCCAAAGUUAGCUGACCUCAUGUGACCAUAACUGAACGAUUAUCGAGACACUGCAGUGAUUCCUUCUAAUGUGAGCUUCGUUUUUAGUGUGUUUGGAGGGGAUUUCAUCAUAUUCAGCAUGAAAUUCAGAUAUAUCAUCACCGCAAAAACACUGAAUCUUACUGAGUAGUUUUAGUUUCGGUCUAGUUUUUUUUGUCUAAAUUGCUUAAUAUGCUUGAAACAAAACUAAUUUUUUAAAAAGAUUUAGGAACUUGUUUAAUAUAGAUGAAGUUUCACAGGCAGAUUAUUUUACUUUUAACAUGGAAAAAUAUCCUGUUGUAAGUGAAAUAAUCUGCAAGUGAAACUAAAACCGGUUGCUAAGUAACGGGCUGGGUUUGACUAAGGUUGCUAGGUAACAGCUUUAGCCCCCCUUGCCAGUGGAACUUGAACUUUUUCGUCAAUGAAAAUGAAUUAUUGACUUAAAACAAGCUACUAUGUUUUGCUGAAAAGUUACUUAUAACUUAGUUUUGUCUUAUUUCAAGAGUUCCAAGAUAUUUUCACCAAAAGCUAGACCCAAAAUACUUGGCAAGAUUUUAUGUUUUUGCUGUGAUUGAAUCCAUUGUAUUUCAAUAUUAAAUCAUUUAAUACCAAACUAACUUAGCAGUCACACAGAUAUUUUAUUACAUGUUUAUCCUAAAAGAAAACCCACUCGUAUACAGUCCAAAACCAGUUAAAAUAUUUUAAUUGUACCUCGAAUUAUUCAGUUUUCUGCUGUGCAGUAGACCAACAAACUGUCCAAAGGUAAGGCCUAAAUUGUUGUGCAUGUUAAAGGUGAACCCAGAUCAAAUGUUACAGGCAGGAAAGGAGAAGGUUUUUCCUUCGAGAAGCUGAAAAAUACUUGAUGUCUUCCCUUUGUCCUUUCAUUCUCCAUCUUAUCUUUAAUCUUUAUCCAAUUCUGCAGUGUCGUCUGUGGUUCUGGUUUGGAACCAACUCUGUGACAAACAGCAGCACAGUGUUUCUGAAGGCCUGAUGCAUUCAUGUUUGAGGCUUCGAGAGGGUCUGGAUGUUGGCUGCAAGCUUGAUUGCACUGCAAAAACACAAAAUCAUAUCAGUAUGAUUUGCGGUCUGUGUUGAAACUGGUUGUUUUGUUGUGAUUUUUAUCAAAAUGGUUAAUAUUAGAGAUGCACUGAUCAGACUCUUCCUGGCCAUGAGGUUCAGAUUUUGACCAAUUUUUUUUUUAAACACAUAAAAGUGAAAAUGUGUAAUUUGGUUGUUGAUAAACUAAAAUGACAUGUUUGUGGUUAAUAAUUUUUCAACCAAAAAAGUUCGAUGUUUUGAUUUAAAGAGUAGAUCAAGGUUUAUUGGGAAAAUAUUGGCUGAUUCCAACUUGAUCGGUGCAUCUCUGUGAAAUCUGUAUAAGGGCAUCAACUUUCUCAUCUCAGUUAAAUCUACAGAUUGUUACCGCCACAAACUGAAGCAGAACAACCUGUUUACAACUUUACGAUUUGUAAGAAAAACAAGUUGUGGAACAAUUCUACUGUAAAAUGAAGUACUACUAACCUCAUUUAGGAAUGUUUUGACUUGUUCUUGCAAAAAAAUAUUAAUUUUCUCUCAAUUAGUUAGAAAAACUCAAUAAAUUAAAUUCAUGUGCACCUACAGGAACCUUUUGAGCAUGAAGGAGUUUACAGUUAGGUUGGAGAUGAAUCCCCUGAAGCCAAACACAUGCUGGUCCAGUUCGUGCUGCUGAACUUCACUGCACUCGGACCGAUCACAUGUAUCCUCUCAGCUGCCUGCCACCCCCCACUUCUCCUUCAACCUGAGACUAGCUGUUUGUGUUAUAGUUAUUUUUAUAAGCUUGGCAUAACCAACCCUUUUCUAUGUACAUAUAAAGUUGUAUUUUUUUAACUUUACCUACUGGCUUCUCUGUGACAUUGAUGAUGAUGACGAUGAUGGCUGCCUGCAAUUAAAUAUACUUCUUUUUUGUUUUUGAAGAACGUCUUUAUUGUGUCUUUGAGAUUUCAAAGCGAUGAUCACCAUACAUAGUUUGCUUCAUUUAUUUAUGAGCUCUCUAUAGUUUUUGGAGCACAGCGUAGCUCUGUAGUUUAGCGUUGGUCAUGAUAUUUUUGUAAAAACAAAUUGUAUUUGUAAAUAAGUUUGCUUUUUUUUUUUUAAACUAAUAUUCAUUUUAUUAUGUUCUUUUUCAAUAAACUUUGUGACAUUUAAAG